UGGCCGCCCGUCCUCCUCCUCCUCCCCCGGAAGCGGCGUGGGGGUUUCCCCCUCCGAGCAGGAACUCGGUGCAGCCCAGCUGAAGAUAAUGGAGUCUCGUAGCUCUGUCAGCCUUCACAGGAGUAAAUCACCAGCUUCUGAAAGUGAAGAUGAGAUUGAGUUCGUUGGAGAAGGACCUUUAAGACCUGUACUUGAAUGUAUUGAUCUUGUCAGCAGUGAGGAUGAAGAACCUAACAGCAGUUCUUACGUUCAUAGACCUAAGCGUAAGGAUCACAUUGACUAUCAGAAAGAACGAGUUGCAUCAACCCUGGAUCGACUGGCACGACAUGUUGAAGUAGAGAAGCAGCAAAAAGAAGAGAAAAACAAAGCCUUUAAGGAGAAAGUUGAUUCCCAGUAUGCUCACGGGUUGCAAGAAUUAGAAUUUAUUCGGGAACAUAGUGAUACAGAAGCUGCAAGGUUAUGUGUGGACCAGUGGUUAAAAAUGCCAGGUCUGAAACCAGGCUCUCUUAAUGGUGGAAAAAGGGGUGCUUGUAAGAGGGCAGCUCAGACACAAGUCAACAGCAGUCCCAAAUGCUGUCCUGUGAUGCAUUGCAACAGAGAGUUUGAUAAUGUACAUCUUCUUUUAGGUCACCUUCAAAGGUUUGAUCAUUCUCCUUGUGACCCAACUGUCACAUUACAUGGACCCCCAAAUAAUGCUGUUGCCUGUGUGAUAUGCUGUGAAAGAUUUUCAACCUCUCAGCAGUAUAGUGAUCAUCUUUUAUCUAAGCUAAAUGAAGAUGAUGGCCAUAAAAAAGGUCUCCCUCCACAGCAUAUUCAGUGUUUUGCAUGCCCAAACUGCUUCCUCCUUUUCACGAAAAGUGAAGAGUGUUUGCAGCAUAUGUCAGGAAAGAAACACAUCCUCCAGAAUUCUCACUUGAGUGAUGAAAUGAAGCCUGGCCGUCCUCUACCUUUUCCAACCUAUGCGAAGAACCUUCUGAUAUCUCUGUGCAAAGAGGUUCCCUUCCAAGUGAAGUGUAUGUCCUGCUACAAGAUACUACGCUCGCAUAUGGAAUUAACAGCUCAUUUCAGAAUGCGUUGUCAUAAUUCUGGGCCUGUGGCAUUGUCGAAGAAAAGCAUCUCCCAAGUUGCAGAGAUAUUUAAAACAAAAGGUUACUGUGAGAACUGUGAUGAACUGUUUGCUGAUAAGAAUCAGAUAACCCAACAUAAACAAACCACUCAACAUAACAUUAGAGUUUUUACUACAGUGGAAGAGUCCAUCUUGAUGUUCUGUCAUAUCAAUGGAAAACAGAAAAAUCAGUCUUACUUGUGCCAUAUUGUGGAUCGGUCAAGACCAUUGCUUAAAAGACAUUUGACUUCAAAUGAGUCUGCCAGUAAAAUGGGGUCUAGUCCUUCAAAAAGGAAGAGUGAUUUUAAAGAUAACAAUGAAGAUAAUGAAGCAAACCAAAGUCAAGGUAGUGCUUGCAAAGUAAAAGCCUGGUUUUGUGAAUGCCUUCGAAAGUUUUUUACGGAAGAGCUGGUAGAAAAUCACAUUUUAUCAGCAAAUAGGAUCUGUCACAAGUGUGCUGUGUGUGGAAAGCUUGCUGAAAAUUCAAGCAUUAUCCGUCUCCAUAUGAGUCGAUUUCAUGGAGGAGCACACUUGACUAAUUUUCUUCUCUGGUGCAGAGCAUGCUCUGUAGAUCUUAGAGAAGAGGACAUUAUGGGACACAUAACUGAAUUUCAUGGUGGACAUAGUUACUAUUAUGAGCAAGAUGUAGAAGAUGAACCUAUGCCAUCUGCUUCUGACACAGCAUGCAUUUCUGCAGGUGAAGAUAAAGAAUGCAUUCCUAGCCCUAUGGAACUCUCCCCUGAAAGGAGUCCUAUUGCAGGAAAAUGGCAGUGCCGCAUUUGUGAGGAGAUGUUUGAGUCUGAAGAGAGUGUUAAACAACAUUGCAUGUCCUUAGAAAGCCAUGCAUUUCACAGGUACUCCUGUGGCUUAUGCAGAAAUCACUUUCGGAAAGUAGGAACACUGGAGCGGCACUUCCAAGAGCAUCACAAUCAGGAGACACAGACUAAAUAUUUCUGUGGCCUUUGUGGUCACCUCUUCUUUGACACAGAAGAAGAAUUUCUAAUCCAUUAUAAGGAGAUUCAUAGCAUGGACUAUACAUUUGUGCCUGAGCAGAUGGAAGUAUCAAUAAAAAAAGAGGAGGACUUCCUCCCAGUCGAACAAGGAGACCUUUUAACCUGUGGUUGCCGGACAACUUACGUUUCCAAAAUAAACAGGAAAAAUGAUUAUGAGAAUUGUCAGAAAGCCAUGCUGGAAAAAGGAAACUUAUGGUUUCGAUGCUGCCUGUGUUCUGCAACGGCACAGAAUAGUGCUGAUUUGAAGAGUCAUCUCAAGAGUCACACAUCACUGAAACCUAAGGGAGAGAUGUAUGUCAUUAGAUGUGCUGCAUGCAACAAAAACUUUAAUGAUCUUUCCAGUGCACAUCAACACUAUCACAUGAAACACUGCUUCUUGCAGAAACCUGAUAUAUCAAGUCUUGCAUCAGAGUCAGAAAACCCAGUAUUCAAGUUCACAGCAAGUGGGGCUUGUCAGGUCAGAAAACCUCACAGGCUACAAUUUCAAGCAUCUCCAUCCAAAACUCAGGACAGAGCACAGUUGUCUCCUCUGCAGAGACCAAUAGAGCAAAAGAAAGAAAAUAAUGAGGACUUGGCACACUCUGAAGAACUUGGUGAAAAUGGUGAUCUUCCUGAUCUUGACUACCUGAGUACCAUGACCCACAUUGUGUUGGUGGAUCUGGACAACUGGGGAAGCUUUUUCACACAGCUGCCAGCUAACCUGAACCAAGGGACAUUUAUCUGGGGCUUUCAAGGAGGAUACAGCAACUGGAAACCUCCAGUGCAGUGCAAAAUUUACAAUUAUCUUAAGAGGAUUGGAUGUUUCUUUCUUCAUCCACGUUGCGGUACCAGAAGAGAAGCAGCAGACUUUGCUCUCUGUGUUCAUGCUGGUCGUCUGGAUGAGCACCUGCCCAAGCAAAUUCCUUUCACUGUACUUUCUGGAGAUAAAAGCUUCCUGGAACUGGAAAACCAGUUUAAGAUGACCCAGCGGUCAGCUUGCAUCCUAAAUCCUCACCACAUUGAAGGAGACAUGAUGUGUGCCUUGCUAAACAGCAUUUCAGAUACCACAAAAGGUUCAGACAGCGAAGAGGAUGAAGAUAUGAAACUAACAGUGAAAAGGAGCUUAGAAGAAGUAAAAAAACAGGAAGGUCUGUUAAUUUUUGCUUUUCUGUGUUCAGAAGCACUACUAAUUUUGGAAGAUAUAGAAACUAAGCUUACAAUCAGUUUUGCAGAAAGUGACCUCUUAGCAAUACUGUCUGAACUGUGCUGGACAGUCUUGAGUAGUGAAGAACACUGUGGUGAGUUAUAAAUUAAAAAAAUUCUGAACCUGAAAAUUAUGCCAGCAGACUCAACAUCUCUUUCACUGGGGCACAAGAGAGUAUUGUGCAAUUCAAGACUUGACUGAGUUCACUUUGUACCAGUUUAAUAUGACUGUGUUUUCUUAGAGCAGAACUACUGACUAAAUAGUUGAACUUUUGAAUAAAUAAUUCAAAAUUAUGUAUCAUAUCUCAAUAAAGUGCUCUGGUCUCUUGAGAGCUGUAGAUUUAUGCAGAAGUUUGAAUCAGCAGUAAAUCUCUCUAUUCACAUCCUAUCUUACCUUAUUUGAAACUGUUUUCAUCCUUUUGCUGUUGUGCUUAUUGGUGAUGUUCAUACAAGGCAGUCGUGAAUUUUUGGUGACAAACCACAGUGCACUUGGAAAAUAAUGUAUUUGCUUAAAGGCUUGAUUCUGCCCUUCUACCUGAUGGAAAUAAACCAAACUUAAAAAAAAAAAAAACAAAAAACAACCAACCAACCAAACAAACAAUACAAAAAGAUCUGUGCAAGCUCAGUGAUAAAACUCAGUUAUAAGUUUACCAACUGAUACUAAAUACUGUUGUUAAUUGUCCAACAUUCAUCUCCAGCACACUCCAGGUGUGCUCAGGUCCCCCUAGUACAGGAAUAGCAGUGGCAUUUGGUGCAUACAGGAGGACCUACUUGUGAUGCUGCAGUGCUGAAGGCAUCUGACCUUAUGAAGCAGCCUGGCUAAGGAUGAGUCACCAUUUGGACCUUAUUCUGGAUUUUUGCACAGUCUUACUGGCUAAAUGACAACAUAUUUUAAUGCAAGCAGCUGUCUGCAAAUGGUUUUCUGCUUUAUUGUGGUUUCAAAAAUUUUUUUUGUUUCUGUGGCCAUGGAAUAUUUUUCUUUCAGAAACUCUCUUUAUCAGUAGUACCGGAUUUUACAGGAAAGUCCAGGUGUGUGAUUGUGGCUCUGCUGACAUGAGAGGGCAUUCAUUGAUACAGUCUCUGUUCCAAAUCUCAGCCUUACGUACAACAGCCCAACAAUAAUUAAAGUUUUAAAAUUGUUACUUUUGUCAUAAGAACAGACUGCUUUUUUUUAAUAGGAUGUCCUUAUGUCCUGCUAAAGUAGAGGAAUAAUUCAAGAAUGACAGUGUGUCUGAAAACUGCAUUUAUUUUUCCUACUAUACUAUUGAUUUUAGUAUUUUUCAGUGCAUCCAUGCCUUGUCUAACUUACGAUAUUUAAUCCACUAACAUCAAACAAUCAGUGCCCAAAACUACCUAAAUGUAAUGCAAAAUCAAAGUUUAUUUUCAAGUAUCGUGAAAGUUGUUUAAGAGAGAUUGUUAACAAGUCAGAUGAUUACAAUGCAGUCUUUUCCCCCACCAUCAAAAAUGCUACAGUACAGCCCUGAUCUAAACUAUUCUUACUGUUGAUAGUGACUUUUUCUCUACCUGUCUAGCCUUUCUACCAAGAGUGACAACAGUGGUGCCAAGUCAGAAUGUAGGUAUGGGAAUAUCUAUGGAUAAGGAACUGGAAUGAGAAAGCUGAAACCUCUUUGCUUGUUAUCUUUGUGUGUGUGUGUUUUGUUUUAAUGCUUUGUUUAUUUUUGUUGGUGCAUACACAUGGGUUCUAAUCUUGCUGUUAUUUUGACCACUAAAUACAUACUUCCAUCAUGAUCCUAAAGUAAUCAUUGGGCUGUCCCUAGUUAGUACAGUGGAAAGUUGUAAAGGUAUUUUCUUUAUUUUGAAGUGUUGGAAAGAUAGCAUAUAACAGGAGGGAAAAUAUGUUCAUCUGUUUCUCUGGGUUUUUUUGCUGUCUACUGACAUUGCCCACAGAAGUAAUUUGUUGCUUUAUGUACUAAUAUUGAGAUAGUUGUGUUUAUGGCCGGUUAUCAACUACAGUUUGAGAUUAUAAUUUUUUUUUUAUUUGUACAGAGCAAGAUGUAGAACUGCAAGAAGCUAUCAAGAGGAGCCUUGAGGAAAUGUAAAUGAAGAUACUUCAGUACACUAACACUAUGUCAUCAGAACUGCUUACAGAAAUGGAAGCUUGUUCAUCUAUUUACAAGGGUUCAGAAAUACCACUUUAAAAACACAUCUGUAUCUGAAAUAGAUUUAUAAUCUGAUGUUCUCUGUCAUACUGAUGAACAGCCGGAGUUUAUCCAUAUUCACUGCACUAUAUUGUGUAUGAUAAAAAUAAAUUUUUAAGCCUUUGCAUAUUUGUUUCUAACAGGUGAUGACUAAGUCUCUCCAAUCUAUCUGUAUAAGUUGUUGCCUAAUUAGUAGGCUGGUCUUACUAGGUAUUUUGGGGCUCCUGGUUCUUUUUUUUUUAUUUAAUUGGUUCUUGUAUUUAGUUUUUCUGUCACAAAAUGUCAUUGUCUUUAUUUACUUUUUCAUGUGGUCUUUGCAACAGAUAAAAAUAGUAAACUCAAGUUAUCUCAGAUUUGCCUGGCUAAUCUUGUUAUAAAGAGAAGCUUAGAUCCGAGAUUUAUAUUGAACAUAUGGCCUAACUCUUGCUUGUGGCUGGUCUUACUUCAUAGAUCAUAAUUUUGUCUCUGUCCUUUAAAUGUCAAAGUCAGGACCACAGGCUGUACAGUUAGUUUGCCAGCUUUAUUUUUUCAAUAACAGCAUGGUAGAGUGUUGGAUUUGAUGGCUUCAAGUUUGAUGAGUUCAGUUCCUCUCCCUGAUCUCAAGCAGGAACAACUUUUGAAGGCACCUUCCUAGUUUCUGUUUGAAAUAGAUCUGAGAGAAUUUAAACUGUAUUAUUUCUACAUACUGUGGUCUUAGCUCCCUUCUGUUCAUGAAGAGGUGGCCUUGGAUAAAUUAAUGUAAAUGUGCUAAUUAUUUUUGUACUGUCCUUAUUUUAGGUGAAAAUAUUUCUGUGUUUAAAAUUAUCUGUCAUCUUUCUCUUUUCUGUUUAAAAAUACCUAUGCAAACUGUCCAGCUUUACUAGCCUGUUAUACUUCAGUUAAUGAUUGUUGUCAGUCAAUAAGAAAUUUCAAUGUAAUAAAAGUCCAGCUUAAUUCUUCUUUUAGUAUUCAUUCCCCUGUGAGUUUGCUUCUGCCUGCUGUACCCCUAAUAUUUAUUAUACAAAAAAAUACUUUUUGUGGAGAGAAAGACAUGGGGAAGGCUGGAUUUUUCUCACUAUUCCAAAGAUAAUAACUACAGCUGUUUGUCCUCAUGGUUAGAAAAGCUGGAAGACUGGCACUGGUUUAUUUCCAAUCAUGAUUCUGAUAUAAUUGCUUUCACUGAAACAAGUAGAAUAAAUGAAGAAUCUAUGAGAUA